AUGGCGCCUUCCCCCAACACCAGCGAGUCGCGUUCGAGGCUCAUCCGCGAAAUGUCCCAGAGCCUGAGAGAGUCCCGCAGAGACUCCGGCAGCAGCAGCAGCAGCAGCCAGCUGCCCUUCCCCACCUCUCCCGCCCGCGAAUCCGUCAACAACACCUUGCCGAGCGCCGGCGACCUUGACCUUGGAACCGGCUCCAGCUUCGAUCCCACGGCCGACGGCGCGUUUGAGUCGACGCGUAAGAUUGACGAGACGACGCAAAAUUUUCCCAACAUCCGCUCGAGCGCGCAACGUAUGAAGUACUGGCAACCACCACAACCUGCUCAGAACGUGAACACUUCCAUGGUCGAACAAGAAUUCCAAGACUUCUCCGACGAGCACUCUGGCGACGAAAGCAAAUCCAUCGAAAUGAGUCGUGCUCCUCCAAGGAGUUUGCGGAACACCCCCAGCAAGAUUGGCGGCGACUUAUCGCGGAACAACCUCAGCAUUGCUGACGACAGCCUUUACAACCUUUCCGAGGCGCGCAAUCGCCCGCGCCCUACACCCAGGAGGAGCGCCGACGGUGUCGAGCGCGGUAGCCUCAGACGUGACGCGCAAUUGAGGAGAGCUGCCUCUCUCCCACAGAAGGAGUUGGAAUUGGCUUCGACACGCGCCACGAGGAAUAACGACCGUGUUUCACCGGAAAAGGCGAAGAACAACGAUAGACGCCGUAACACACUGGCGCAAUUCCAUGCCAGGGCAUCGGAAGAUGAUACUUCCUUCAUUGAUGAGCGACCACCUACUGUGAACCUGUCCGUCAAGAACACGCGCUUUGGUAAUGCGCGAUCGCGUCAAGCCUCGGGUCUUCAGAAUGAUUUCCACACCGCAUCCAGUGGUGGCUUGGACCGCAGCAUACGGGAGGUCCAGACACCCCAGAGGCCUACGAUUGGAACUCCUCGUUCCGCUCCUGGAAACGCGACCAACCAGUCUUUUAUGCUUCCCGACCUGCCCAAUUUGACCGAACUCGUUUCUGGCGUUUUCAAGGAUGGUACGCCAGUUUUCUCUCGUAGCGCAAAGGCUCGUUCCCGGUUCUCUGCUGCGCCCAUUCCCAGCCGCCUGAAGGAAGAAUCUUCCAAGCACUACCCAAUCGAGAAUGUCCCAGUCCCUGCGGACGAGAAGGCUCUUUUCGCCGCCUUGCAGCUGCUUAAGGAAAAGCUCUCGCAAAUGGAGCACGAGAAGACCGAGGCGGACAAGAAGAUUGAAGAUUAUGAAGCCGAAGUCGCGGGUCUGAAGGCUGAACUUCGCACGCAGGAGCACAGGAAGGGUAGAGACAGUGCGCUUGGCUCCACGGAUAGCGAGAGCAACAAGAGAGAUAACUGGAGGGUGGAGAAGAUGAAACUCGAGUCCGCGAUUGAUGCUCUUCGAGGCCGUGUGGAUCGCGCAGAGCGCAAGAACUCUUUGUCGGAAAUUGCUACGAAGCGGAUCACUGAGGAGCGUGAUAACGCCGUCACCCAACUAGGCGUUGCUUACUACAACUCCGAGGAGCUCAAGGGAGAGCGCGACGCCUUGCAAGCCGAAAACGACACCCUCCGCAAUGAGGUCGAUACUCUCCGUAUCGAGAACGAGGAGCUCCAAAUCCGCCUUGCGCAGUUUGAGGAGCGUUCUGAAAAGCUUCAAAAGAGAGCAUCUCGCGGAGAUAAUGCAGUUCGCAAAGAGAACGAGACUCUGCACGCAGAGCUCGAAAAAUUCCAAGCCAUCCAGGCCGAGCAAGCCAAGCUCAAGGGCGAGAAUGAGGCGCUCAAGGCUCAAGUGAAUCAAAUAAGACAACAGCGCGAAGAGGAUACACGGCGCCGCAACCGCAAAGAGGCCGAGCUCCGCAGCAGGUUAGACCGGAGGGAUGAAACCAUCCAACAACUUCAGGACAUGACACAGGAGGAGGUCAACGAUACUCUCCGAAACGAGAACGAGGAGCUCCGUAUCCAGUUGGCACAACUGGCAGCCCAGCGUGAUGAUGACGCCCGUGACUGGGCCAAGAGAGAGGCUCGCCUGCAGAGGAAGGUCGAGAAGAGCCAAGACACCGCGCGCGAGGCGCAAGAUAUCACCAGGGAGAUUAUGAGCGUCAGGCGUACCGGCUCUCAGAAGCGUGCUUCUAAGGGCGAUGACAGGCCUACUCAAACCGAGGUUCGCAACUCUCAGACUACAGGCCGAGAGGAGCCAACUUCCACCUUCCGCUCAAAGUCGAAGUCGAGGCCCGCUCCCGCGAAGGCUUAUCGCUCGGCAUCCGCCCCUGAGACCCGUACUCAGCAGGACAUGGACAUCAGCGACGUCGAGUCCACCACGGACCUUGAUGCAAUGAGCCAUGUUCGUAACCCAGGCCGCAACGAUGAGCCCACCGGUAACACCACUGAGCUGAGCUUCAUGGGACAUGAUGAGGUCGCACGUUUGAGAAAGGCUCUUGAGGAAGAGCGGGCAGCUGCUCGCAAGAAUGUCAGCCAAACCCGUCAGGAUGACACUACGCGCUCCCAACGCACUCAACCAGUGCCGCGCAAAUCCUCUAUGAAGGACCUGACUAACGCAUCGGUUCCCAUGGACAUCACUGAGAGCAAGACUGGACGUAUUCUCAGCGGCCACCUUCUCGAGCCCACCUCUACCAUCCCCGAAAAGCAAGACACGGAGCGCUCGAUCCUUGGCCGGUCUACCCGUCGCCGCCGUCCCAGUGGACCUGGUGAGAUGACUUCGGCUUUCAUUCUACCAGACAUCACUAUGCAAGCCAAGACUCCCCUGACCCCCGAGGAGCCCCAUGAGAGCACCAACUGCACCGUCUGUCGCAAGACCUCUUGUACAGAGGAGCACUCUGUGCCCAUCGACAUCCCGGAACCGGUCCCUGUUUCCGAGCGCAUGCCUGAUGACGUCGACGCGACGAUGCGGCCCUCGCAGCCGGCACCGCUCGCCCUCGCCACUGUCAUUAAGGAGCUGCAAGAUGAGCUCGCGCACCUGAACCUGCAGAAGGCGGCGUACGACUCCCUGCUCCGCGGCCAUGAUGCCUCGCUCAGCAAGCGCAAGCGUAAGGCCAUCGAGGGUAAGAUCGCCGACCUCUUGGAGGCCAUCAGCACCAAGUCAGACCAGAUCUAUGCGCUGUACGAUGUCGUGGAGGGACAGAAGGCUGCAGGGCAGCUUCACGAAGACAAUGACAACAAUGAGGACAUGGGCGAGAAGGAGAUUGAGGAGACGCUGAUGAGCGUAGGUAUUGACCCUGAGGAGAUGCGCGAGAAGACGCAACAUAAGCCAGUGCCGGCGGCGGGGCGGAACAACAACAAUGGCAAAAGCAAAGGACCGGCCAAGAAAGUCGUCAUUGAAGAUGGGGGCCACAGCGCUGAUGAGAGUGAGGAACUCCCUUGGGAGGGUAUCAGUGACUCGGAGAGCUUGCCGGAUCUGAUGAGCGGGAGGGCGUGGAAGAGGAAGACGGCGGCUUAUUAA